AUGAGGGAGUGGGGAAAAUCCAUGCCAGCAAAGGCCUCCUACAAGCCAGAGUUGAUGGCGACUCGUGGAAUGGAUGAGGCUGGGAGAGGGCAAACACAAUGGGAAUUGAAAGAGAAAGCUGUGUGCUGGCUGCUCUGGCCUACUUUACUGUAGAGAGACUCAGCCAGCAAACGCAGCGAUAAGCUUUUCGUGAAGGGAUUAAAUAAAGGGGAAAGAGGAAGAAAACAAAUGAUCAUUCAGAUCAUUCAGAGAGGGAACCCGUGAGCUCACGAGCAGCGAGAAUGAGCCCACUUCCUGUUUAGUUUAGUUCACCAUUAAGAACACUGUAUGCAGAGGUGAUUCUUGGGGCCUGGCUGAUAUGACUGUCUCCUCCUCUGAGCUCAGAGUGCAUGUGGGUGAUUCAGCUUUCAUGGGAUGUGUUGUCCAGAGCACAGAAGAGAAACGUGUGGUCAAAGUGGACUGGACACUCUCAAAAGGGGAAAAUGCUGAGAAUGAAUACGUGCUAUACUAUUACUCCAACCUUAGCGUGCCUACGGGACGCUUCCAGAACCGUUCACAUUUGGUGGGGGACAUCUUACGAAAUGACGGUUCUCUCCUGCUCCAAAAUGUGCAAGAGGCUGACCAGGGGACCUACACUUGUGAAGUCCGCCGCAAAAGUGAGAGCAUGGUGUUUAAAAUGUCUGUGCAACUGCACGUGCUGCCAGAGGAGCCUAAAGAGCUCACAGUCCAUGUAGGCGAUUCAACUCCAAUGGGAUGUUUUUUCCAGAGCACAAAAAAGAACCAUGUGACCAAGGUGGACUGGAUGUUUUCUUCUGGAAACCACGCCAAGGAGGAGGUUGUCUGGCGCUAUGACUUCAACAGCUAUGACUACAAUGAGCGUAGUGGGUACUUCCAGAACCAGGGCCGCUUCCGAAACCGGGUAAACCUGGUGGGCGACAUCUCCCGAAACGACGGCUCUAUCAUGCUUCAGACAGUGAAGGAGUCUGACCAAGGAGUCUACACCUGUCACAUCUACCUGGGGAAGCUGGAGUCCAGGAAAACCAUUGUGCUGCAUGUGAUCCAGGAGACAUCUCAAAUGUCGAUUUCAACAACUUCUCGACCCAAGACUAAUCAGCCGAUGAUCCUGGAUGGGAAUCAGCUGGUGAUAAUUGUGGGGAUUCUCUGUGCCACCUUCUUGCUGCUUCCUGUUUUGAUACUGAUUGUGAAGAAAACCCAGUGGAAUAAGAGUUCAGUGAAUUCUACACUUUCCUUGAAGAGCUUGGAGAGCAAAGAGAAAGCUAAUCCAGAGAAACAUGUCUACUCCUCAAUAACUACGUGGGAGAGGAUGGAUGAAGGACCAAGCGGACAAUCAGAGGCCACCUACAUGACCAUGCACCCAGUUUGGCCCUCUUCCUCCAAAGCACCCAGUUUGGCCCUCUCUCCAGUCAGAUCCAAAUAAUCCAGUUGGAAAAAAAAAAAGUCAGCUUCGGGAAUUCCCCACCACAGCAAGCUUUCUGAGAAGAAAAGAGAGGUACUUCUUCUCAGGAGCAGCAAAGACUGUGUCUUUGGUGGCCCCUGAGCCACUGUGCCAGCUAAAAUAUAGACUUCUGCUUUCUCACUGGUCUCGACCUCUAUCAGAGGCCCGAAGAUGGAGGAUUUGGAAUCUGGCAGGAAGACUGAACUUCUCCAGAUAAACAGGCACUGAUGGGGGGAGGGAAAUCAUAGGCUUCUCCCAGAAGUGGUGUGCUGUCUGUUGGGGCUGGGAAGCUGGCUGGUCUAACCGUGGUCUCAAGCAGUCCCUUGGACCGGAUCUUUAAUGUGAUCAGUGUUUUUUGUGAAUAAGCUACGAAGAGGCUCACAGAGAUACCAACCAACAAAAACAAUUCUUUUGAUGAA